UGGCAAUCUGUCGGUGGGUCUCUUGCUUGCGCGCACCAAAAAAUCAUCAAGCUUUUUCGCACUUAUCUGAAAGGCUGAAAGGGGUCUGGGGCUUAUUCUUAAAAUUUUUAAAACAACACUAGACUUCUUGCAGUCCGCCUUUUCUCUUAAAAUCCGUCAAAAACAACACUGGCUCGGGCACUCACAAAGACAAGAAAACAGGAUUUUAUAGACAACAGUUUAACUCUAAUGCAAUAGGCCAAGAAAGCUGGAGAUUUGAGGUCGACCUUUCUGUAAUGUCCUUUUUCAAAUUUCUACCAAAAAUGGUCUCUUUUAACACGUGACGGGACAGUACUCCAGUUACGUUGCAAUCGUUCAGAAUCGUUCCGCCCCCGAUUACUGCUCCGUUCUGUGCACCACCAUCCGAAGUAAACCUUUCCUUUGAUAACAGAUCCUACUAUGAUUCCAAUUUUUCAUCGCUACAGAUCGUUUGGCUUGUAGUAUGUAAAAGUUGUAAUACUGUGUAGUUUACAUGUGUCCGUGGCCAUGGAGUCGUCCAUACCAGUAGUGGACUUCAGCCAAAUGAGCUUGAAAAAAGGAACCGAUCAUGAAGAUUACGCUCCAGAAAGCAUACAACAGUUGGCAGAUGAAAUACACCGGGCGUUCAGCACAGUGGGGUUUGUUUACCUGAAGAAUCAUGGCAUCCCACAACAAAAGGUUAGAGAAUUUACAGAAAGAUCAUUUUUGUUCCCCUGGCUAUACGUACCUGACUAUUUCAUUCAUCCUAUCCCCGGCCAUGAUGUUCACCACCAGUGAGUCAGUGACAAGACUACAAGAGGUUACCAUCUUGAUUUUACAGGAUGUGAGAAAUCUAGGGACAAGAUUGGGUACCACUGUCUGUUCUGAUCCCCAUCACAAGGUGAUAACAUUUGAAACUCCCCCUCUCCACCCAUGGAUGAGAUUUUCUGAGGGGCUGGACAGAGGGGAUUGGGAAGGGGGGGGGGGUCUUUAUCUCUGAGGGGUUUAUUGGAGCUGACACACGGCCACUCUUUGCAAACUCACUGAAAACCUUUGCUUAAGAAGCCUUAUAAAUGCAGUCAACUUUUUUAAAAGGAUAUGGUGAACACCUCCCUAAAACAAACACUGAGAUUUGGGCCCUGCUACAUGGAGACCUAACAAGCUUAAGGGGAUCCUCAUACUGACAAUACUGUUUAAGAAAGUGCAUGUGGCAAGAACUUGACAGGGGAUGCAUAGGAUCAUGAAAAAUUAGAAAGACUCUCUCAUUAUAUUUUGAAGAUUGAUGGUAUUUUCAAGUUGAGUGAUGACUUUUUUCAACUGGAUGAUGAAGCCAAGCAGGCAUAUGCUCGUCCUGCCAGUGGAAGUGGACAUGGAUGGGUUGCCUUUGAAAGAGAAAAGUAUUAAUCUUAUUAUUACUGUGUGACAAUUUGACAUUUCUGUGGGAGUUUUCAAAUGAUAAUGUGCUUUUUUAAUAGAAUAAUCUCUCUCCAAAAAAAAGUAAUAUUUACUCCUUUUUUACUGUUCAGAAUAUUUUAACUCAUAAUAAUCAAGAGUGAUCUUGUUAAAUGGAUCUCUCAUUGUGCCCUACAAAAAGAGGUUACUUUUCUCAUAUGGCUUUAGCAUUUGUAAAGUUGUGACAUUAGAUAUGUUAAUGACUUCCCAUAUGCCUAUGGGAAAGAAACCUCUGCUUACAGGAUAAUUUUUUUGCUCAGUAGAUUUAUAUGUGAUGCCAAAGUGGAUGUGAUUUGAAAUAACUUGUAAAAGCUGAGAGAAAGUCACAAAAACCAUCAGAAAGGUGUACGUAUUUAUGUACUUUCCAAUCUCAUUAAUCAUAAUAUUAUUUAGUGGCUGUAUUUUUUCUUUGAAUGGCCUCAAAAUCUAAUUAGUAAAGAACAUAAAAUUUAUGUUCCUUAAUAAUUAAAGAACAUAAAUUUUAUGUUCUUUAAUUAUUAAUUAGAUUAUGAUAUUUAAUAUUUAUAUAUACCAUAUAGAAAAGACUGUUUGAUUGAGUGAUUAUUGAUUGAUUGAUUUUUGGUAGAGUAAGUGCAGAUAGGCCAGCAGAUCACAAGGAAGCCUUUAACAUUACAGAACCAUGCAAUGAACAGCGCGUGAGUUGAAUUUUCCAACAUUUGAAUAACUUGCUUAGUUCAGAGUUCCAUUUUUUUGUAAGAAAUUAAAUCAUUGGUAAGCAUAUCCUGCCACUCAACUGUUUCUUUUUAAUGCAUAUAUCAUAUUAUGAGUAGGUUGUGGCCCUGUUACCUUUAACACUCUUAUAUGCUGCAUCAAUUUUUGACAGAGGAUCGGAUGUCAGUGGAGGAUCAAACCAAGUGGCGGGUGUGGGGGUUGGGGGUACGGGGACAGUCAUUUAGACCUUAGUGAUGGGUCUAGGUCUUGAAAAACCUUUUUCACUUGGUCCUCAAGGGAGCUUUGUAAAUGGAUGUUUCUCUACUGAAAUUAAUCCUUUAAUCAUUAUUUUAUUUAAAGAAAAUGGACUGGUUUAUGUCUUUCCUCCUGCAUGGGAAAAGUCCACAUUUAGCUGUUAUCAAUCAUUUUCUUGAUCUGCAGCACUUUUGUCCUUUUUUGAUCAUAGGGGCUCUUUUUAAUGCCUAAAAGCCACCUGAUGUAAUUUUUGUUAUGACAUUUUCCUGUUGUCAAGGUUUGGCCAGAUGAUAAGGUACCAAGUUUUCAGAGUGAGAUAGCAUCAUUCUUUAAACUUUGUGGUGACUUGUCCUUACGAAUACUCCAUGUCAUGGCCCUUGGACUGCAGCUCAAGGUAAAUCGUUUCUUAUGUCCCUAAGCAUUUUUAUGUGAAUAGCAUUUUCAAGGGUAGCAUAUUCAUUUGACAGCCACCUUGGGGAAAAAAGAAAGUGGACGUUCUAAAGAGGUUUGAACCAGAGUCAAUGUAUGGGCUGUCCGCCAAAAAAAGGGUGACCAUUGUAGAGAGGUGGCCAUUGUGUAAAAGUGGCCGUUAGUGGAGGUUCAACUGUAUGUACAUAAACUACGCAAGGAGCAAGGGUGUGGCAGUGGUAAGAGCAGUCGCCUCCCACCAGUGUGGCCCUGGUUCAAAUCCUGGUGUUGACACCAUAUGUGGGUUGAGUUUGUGGUUGGUUCUCUCCUUCGCUCCUAGAAGUUUUUUCUCUGGGUACUCCGGUUCCCCCCUUUCCUCAAAACUCAACAUAAUUAUCUUUAAAUUCCAAAUUCCAAUUCGACCAGGAAUGGUAAACGAAGAACCACUACAAGGAUGUGCUACCUCUAAAUCGCUAUUUAACUGCACUUUUUCAGUUGUCAUUUAAGUACUAAUCAAGAUCAGGUGACCUUUGCAUACUACAUAAUUCUUCUUUUUAAUGUAGGAUCCAGAAACAUUCACAAGCACUCACAAAGCUAUGGAGACAACAAAGAAUUGCACUACAUUACGUUUGUUGAACUAUCCUGGCUUUUCUAAAGAAGCUGUCGUUAAACCAGGACAGAUUCGCUGUGGAGAACACACCGACUAUGGCUCCAUCACACUGCUUUUCCAGGAUGAUAUGCCUGGACUAGAGGUAUGGUAGUAACCUUUUCCUCCCCUAGGUCAGUCGUGGAGAAUGAAACUGUAGGUUAAACCUUUAGUGCACUUUUGUGGUCGAAAUCUGGUGGAGGGUUUGUGUACAAAAAGUGGACAACCGAACCUUGGGAGAUUACGUAGCAUCAAAACAUUAUACGUGCUGCCUUUUUUGCAUUGCCCAGAUCUAAAGGGCGAUUCAGUAUCGCUGGUUUAUCUAGAAUGGAAAGAAAGGAAGAGCCUUUCGGAUACUUGGUUUUUAGUUCACAUAAAAAGCUGAUGGUAUUGUUACCAGAAGUAUAAUUUGCACUCCUUUAACCAGUUGUGUUUCACUCUACAGGUCUUACCUCUUGGAUUUACUGAAUACAUACCCGCCCCGCCCUUUCCUGGAGCAAUUAUCGUCAAUGUUGCAGACCUCAUGCAGAGAUGGACAGCUGAUAGGCUUAAAUCAACGGUAAGCUGGUUACAUGCUCUUUAAAACUGAUCCUGAGUACAAUGGAAUUUCUACUACAGCUACCUCCCUGCAACGGCCACUUUUCAGUUAUGGUUGACAGUCCAUACAUUCACCAGGGGGCGUAGCUAGGAUUUUUCCAGUCGUACGCACAGUGUUUCACAUCAACCGAAUUCCCGUCUCCCCAAAAUCGACGGGAACGAGAACGGAAAAAAAAGCAAUAGGUUUAGAUUAGCAAAGCAAGAACUUUGCACGUGCAUCACGUUUUUUUGUACGCUUGUUUGCCAUCAAUGCACGACUACAACAUGAAAGUGCCUCAUUUCACGUUUUGUCGAGGACGGGAACAGAAAACAACAACUUUCUUUUCUUUUCCUGAACUUUGAUACAGUCCUUUAGAAUUCAAUUCCAAAAGCCUUUUCCAACAUUUGACCAAUUAAACGAGAUAGAAUAAGCGUCAUAAAGUUUAAAGCAGCCAGCAUUCACUUUUUAAGUGACGUUUUCGUAGCCGUCGCCGUCGUCGUCGUCGGAUCUUGAGCUCCCUAAUUCCAUAAAGUUCACUUGGUUGAAUUCUAAUUCUCUUUUCGCUUUGGUGAAGUAAUAGUCUCUUGUGAUAAUUUCUUUUAUCAUUUCAGUACCACGAUAGAGAUACCGGUACGGGUAAAAAAGAAUGUUUUUCUGUCACAAAAAACUUUAAUUUUCGCCCCUUAAGGAGAAGACGAGCAUUGCCGCACCGUAAUUUUUAGGGAGUUAUUAUAACUCCAAAAAUGGAGUAAAAAUUGUAGGUACAGGAUAACCCCUUUUUUGGAGUUAUUUUAACUCCUAAUUUAACUCCGAAUUUGGGGUCAUUUUUACUCCUGAAAAAGAGUUCUUUUUACUCCCAGUAUGCAGUUAAAAUAACUCCGAAAUGGGGUUAUUUUUUUCUCCUUACGUGGGUUGUUUUUACUCUUUUUGGAGUCAAUUUAACUCUGAAAGUGGAGUAAAAAUUUUAGGUACAGGAUAACUCCUUUUUUGGGGUUAAUGUCUGGGGUCACUUUUGCUCCUGAAAAAGAGUUCUUUAAACUCCUUUUUGGAGUUAAAGUAACUCCCCAAAAAAUAACUCCACUGUAAGGAGUUAAAUUAGCCCCACUAGAGGAGUUAUCAUAACUCCUUGAAAAUUACUGUGUGUCCCUUUCUGUGUGGGAGCUCCGCCGGACGUCUAAAUAAAGGCCUAGGCCAAACGUCAAACUUUUCAUAAGACGAACCAAGCUCUAAUUUGGGUCGACCUAAAUAAAUUGAGUUAAGAUCGUCUGUUGGGUCAGACGUCAAACUUAGGACGCGUCGAACCAAUCAACUGAAUCAGACCUAACGGCAAUUUUAAUAAACUUUCCCCCGAACGAAGCUAAAUAUACCCAUUAUCAUACACAUUUUUAAUAUAUUAGUUUAGUUCCUCGCAUGUGUUGAAGUCCGACGUUUGUCCCGGAGACGAUCCUCAGACGUUCUGUCCGUCUGAAGCCUACGGAUAGAACGUGUUGGAUGAUCCAAACUCACGAAGACGAACUUACUGAGCCAGAUGUCUAACCUUUGACGAACUUAACUCACCAAGUUUGGUUCGUCUCAUGAAAAGUUCGACGUUUGGCCUGACUUAAGCUUGCGAAAACUACAACCACGGCCUUAGGCAAAGAGAUAGCGAGUUUUGUUGAGGAACUAGAUUUUAGAUAGUUGAAACUAAUUUUAAGAUAACAAUAAACUAGAAAUAAGAUAUGAUCAUUUUUGUAAGGGUUGUCCGCACGUAUCCAGAUAUUUUUGAAAACAGCGUCUUUGUCUCCGUUUUAGCCGUCCGUCUACAAGUCAACAGGUAAACAGCGUUUAUCGGGAGCCGAAAACGCUGGUUUUCAAAAGCGGUCCCCAGAAUGGAGAGGUUUAUAAAUGCCACACUCUCGUUUACCUUUGGAUGGACUAAAACGGAGGUUUUCGAAUACGCUAAUGUCAUACGCUGUAUUACUACAGGAGCUCCAUCGUAUUUCUAUCGUUUUAUCGUUUUCAUGUGGACGGGUGAAAUCGAGUUAAGUACACUACAUGCGGACGCGUAUUGUUUGAGGAAAAAGAAAAUAAUCUCCUCUUUCGAAAAUAUGUGGAUAAGUUUGGAAAGGGCCUAACUGGUCACUGUCGUAACCUUGUAUACACUGUUUACACGCUACGUACAUCGCAUGCGAAAAAGUUUUACCUUUUAAAUCCGCCCAUAAUUGUAAAUUGUAAAUUGUAAAUAUCUUAUUAUCCACUCCCCUCAGGGCUUUUCAGGGAUAAUUUACAACACUGUUUGGGGGACUUUGCCAGACUGCUUAAGGUGCAGUUUACAAGUAGUUAAGGAAUGAGUAAUGAUGCCCCCAUACAUGAGUGUGAAAGUGAGAUAGGCCACUACACCGGGCACUACGUGCCCUACUCUUUACGAAGAGUGUGUGGGUUCUUUAACGUCCCACAGAUUUAAUACAUGUGCAAGGGCUUGUGAGACGGGGCCUACGGUUUAUCGUCCUUAUCCGAGAAGACUAGAGAGUCUAGCCGUUUGCAGAUAUUAUUACAAAGGCAGCACUUUCUCCUCAGUUAUUUAAAGACCCUGAGUGUUGGUCCGGCCGGGGUUUGAACCCGCGACCUCCCGCUCAGUAGACCGGCGCUCUCCCAACUGAGCUAACCAGGCGGCGGUGACAUCACUAAUAACGUUCGCUAUAUUUUCCGUCUCUUUUUCAGCGUCACCGUGUUUCUAUCCCAGAAGAGGAGUGUCACAGACGAGUUCCUCGACGCUCCCUGGCCUUUUUUGUACAUCCCGACGAUGACACCGUAAUAAAGUGCCUAGAUGGGUCUGAGAAGUACCCCUCAAUAACGGCCUAUGAUUACCUGUGGCAGAGACUAAAUGCAACUUAUGAAUACUAAUAAGAAUAAGAUAGAUGUAUUCCAACUAGUUUGAUUUCAUCGAUACUUUUAAAAGCCAAAUUUUUGGUAUAAAAUAGGUAAAGUCAAUUUUGCCCACUCUAACCAGAAGGAAACACACACACACCUAGACUAAUUUGCAACGAACGACCAUACUUACGUAUAUCUCAGAAAGCAACUCGCAAUUAGCCGACCCAGCCCUCUGGUCCGUGCCGGCAAAAUAGCUAUUUCUGCCUGUUCUGUGAUACUACACUGUCAGAAAUACCAUUUAGCCUUAUUAGAUAAAUAGCGUGAAAGAAUUAAUAAAAG